GUUGAGAGGAACUUUGCAGAGGGUGCCAUGUGUGAUACCCUUCCUGCAAGUACCGCAUAUUCGACAUGACUCAAGAGGUCUAACAGCUAUCGAUAAUACCUUGUGAGGUUUUCCGUAUUGUCCAGAUCAUGAAAAGCUUCCGAAAACGCUUUCCCGCAACUUUGAAAAUGCACGGUAUGCCUCCAGAUAAACCGAAAAAGACCACUAUUCAUCGUACCCGAACCGGCUGUUAUACGUGCCGCACCAGACGCCGCAAGUGCGAUGAGGCUAGACCAGAAUGUGCCAACUGCGUCCGGCUGGGCUUCAAGUGUGAAGGCUAUGGUGUGAAGUUGAGAUGGGCAAAUGAUGCGAAAGAGCACGAGUCAGCAGCAAAGGGUAUCGAUUCUCACCGUACGACAAAGAGAGCUCUUGUUCCAAAAGCUGCGAUAGGAUCACCAGCGUUGCCGGGAAACCUGCAAUUUCGGUCAUCAUUCCCCUUGGGUUCAGAUGGGCGAGAUUCUUUACUCUUACGACAUUUUGUCACUGAUAUUUCGACGUCCUUGGCGCCGUUCGUAGAUGAUGUAACUGGGGAUCUGUGGUUACAUCCUUUUCUAAGACCAGCAAUUAUGUCCCUUGCCGCUGCCAACCUCCACCAGCUGCAUCUCAUGAACCAAGGAUUCCCACCUGGAGACUCAACACCAUCAAGUAACCCUCAAAUGACCACCAUAAGCUUUUACAAGCAGCAGGCAAUUUCUUUGUACGCUACGGCCGUCAAGACGCUCAGCAAUGCUAGCUUGGAGGGUAGCGACGCCGUUGGUCUGUACCUGACUGCUGUUCUCCUUCUUUCACUCUUCGAGUGGGACUUUGGGAGCGCUGGAUCUUACUUUACCCACUUGGAUGGCGCUGACACUAUCGUGUGCUUGGGGUUCGAGAACAUCAUCAGUCUACCAUGGGGACCAUUGAUCUUGCGAAGCUGGGCUAUACUGCGCCACACGAAAUUUACCCGACAGCUACCUUUCAGGCCACUUGAGAGGGAAAAGUUCAGCGAAACUGAUAGGAAGACCUCACAGUUGUCCAGUCGAGUUCUCGAUGGAACGGGGAAUCUGCAAGCUCUUCUUACGGACGCGUUCGCGCUGCGUAACCGCCUAGUCCUUCAGAUAUGUUCAGAAAAGCAAGGGAUCGAAGAUCAUUGCGCACUUCAAUACUGGCGACUAUGGUACUCAAAGGUAUUCGGAUUUCCUUACGCUUCAGAAGUACAGGGCCACCACUUGACAGAGAUGCACAAGUCUCAAAUCCUGGAUAGUCUUUAUCAAAAUGAAGUGCAGCUUCGCGUAUGGCGAGAAGCACUACCAAGGAUUGCAGAGCCGACCAUUCCUCAUAUGCCGUCGAACAGUAAUAUUGAUUGCCGAGGUGGCUUUUCACCACAUAUUCUCCACUGGACUUUUCUGCAACAUGAAAAUGUGUUGAAUUAUCUCAAUUAUCUGAUGGGUAGGAUCAUAUCCUCGCGAGAAGUACUUGACCUCUAUCUACUCGACGACAAUUUUCCGGACCCCUUGCUACCCUUGCAUCCACUUAUUGUUGAUGCAUUAUCCGUCAUAGAGACCCUCGAUCCAGAAAAUUCUAUCAAGCACGACAUAUACGGUAAUGGCCCCUUGUGGAUCUUUGGCGCAUUAUCUACAUGUGCACCUGAUCUUAGAGUUGUGAACUACCUUUUGGAUGUGGUAUUACCACGCUUUCGCCCAUUCGGGAGUUGCGGGCCUUUGCUGGAGACUAUUAUUCAAGAGACUCAAAUCAUCACUUGCAUCAAAUCAGAGAUCGAAAGAGGCAGAUUGACCUUUCUGUGCGAUCCUGAUGUUGUCUUGACCGCUGACUUUGCCCUCGACGAGGAAUCCAUGGUAUAUACAAAGAUGGCAGUGGUGGGACGGCAUAGACAAGGAUUUCAUAGAGAUGUUGUAGCUGUAGACUGAAUUGUUGAAGUUAUUCCAAUAUAAACUAUAGUGAUAG